GAGAACAAGGAAACCAGCCGGGGGUGAAAAUGGGUAAACGUAUUUCCUCUCAGGGAACUCAGAAGGACCUCAAGGAAACCACAACAAAGCAGGAAAUCAUCAUUGGAAAGAGAAAAAAUACAUACACAGUGUGUGGAAAAAAGUUAUGUGACUACUCAGCGCUUCUUAAUUAUCAGAGAAUCCACACAGGGGACAGGCCCUACGAAUGCCGUGAGUGUGGGAAAAGCUUCACUGAAAGAUCAAACCUUUCUAGACAUAAGAGAAUCCACACAGGGGACAAGCCCUACGAAUGCCGUGAGUGUGGGAAAACCUUCAAUCGCAGAUCAGCCCUUUUUACCCAUCAGAGAAUCCACACAGGGGACAGGCCCUACGAAUGCCGUGAGUGUGGGAAAACCUUCAUUUACAGAUCAGGCCUUUCUCGGCAUCAGAGAAUCCACACGGGGGACAGGCCCUACGAAUGCCGUGAGUGUGGGAAAACCUUCACUCGAAUAUCAACCCUUUCUGUUCAUCAGAGAAUCCACACAGGGGAGAGGCCCUAUGAAUGCCGUGAGUGCGGGAAAAGCUUCUCUAGCAGCUCAGCCCUUAUUCAGCAUCAGAGAAUCCACACAGACGAGAGGCCCUAUGAAUGCAGUGAGUGUGGGAAAAGCUUCUGUAGCAGCUCAGCCCUUUCUAAACAUCAGAGAAUCCACACAGGGAAGAGUCCCUAUGAAUGCCGUGAGUGUGGGAAAAGCUUCUCUAGCAGCUCAGCCCUUAUUCAGCAUCAGAGAAUCCACACAGACGAGAGGCCCUAUGAAUGCAGUGAGUGUGGGAAAAGCUUCUGUAGCAGCUCAGUCCUUUCUAAACAUCAGAGAAUCCACACAGGGGAGAGGCCCUAUGAAUGCCGUGAGUGUGGGAAAACCUUCAAUUGCCGCUCAAACCUUAUUAUUCAUCAGAGAAUCCACACAGGGGAGAGGCCCUAUGAAUGCCGUGAGUGUGGGAAAAGCUUCUAUAGCAGCUCAGCCCUUUCUAAACAUCAGAGAAUCCACACAGAUGAGAGGCCCUAUGAAUGCAGUGAGUGUGGGAAAAGCUUCUAUAGCAGCUCAGCCCUUUCUAAACAUCAGAGAAUCCACACAGGGGAGAGGCCCUUUGAAUGCAGUGAGUGUGGGAAAAGCUUCACUCACAGCUCUCACCUUAAUGGGCAUCAGAGAAUCCACACAGGAGAGAGGCCGUAUGUAUGCCGUGAGUGUGGGAAAACUUUCAAUCACAGCUCGCACCUUCUUACCCAUCUCAGAAUUCACACAGGGGAGAGGCCCUACGAAUGCCGUGAGUGUGGGAAAAACUUCUCCCAAACUUUCAACCUUGUCACUCAUCAGAGAAUGCACAGAGGAGAGAGACCCUACAUGUGCUCCGAAUGCGGGAAAAGCUUCAAUCAAAGCUCUGCCCUUAUCACACAUCAGAGAAUCUACACAGGUGAGAAACCUUAUGGAUGCUCUGAGUGUGGGAAAAGCUUCAGUCAGCACUCCCACCUUAUCACACAUUGUAGAAUCCACACAGGAGAGAAGCCCUACACGUGCUCCGAGUGCGGGAAAAGCUUCAGUCAGAGCUCAACCCUUAUCAGACAUGAGAGAAGCCACACAGGGGAGACACCCUACACGUGCUCUGAGUGCGGAAAAAGCUUCAAUCGGAGCUUUCACCUUAUCAGACAUGAGAGAAUCCACACAGGGGAGACGCCCUACACGUGCGCUGAGUGCGGGAAAAGCUUCAGUCAGAACUCGGACCUUAUCAGACAUCAGAGAAUCCACACAGGGGAGACGCCCUACACAUGCGCUGAGUGCGGGAAAAGCUUCAAUCGGAGCUCUGCCCUUAUCAGACAUCAGAGAAUCCACACAGGGGAGACGCCCUACACGUGCUCUGAAUGCGGGAAAAGCUUCAAUCAGAGCUCAGACCUUAUCAGACAUCAGAGAAUCCACACAGGGGAGACGCCCUACACGUGCGCUGAGUGCGGGAAAAGCUUCAAUCGGAGCUCUGCCCUUAUCAGACAUCAGAGAAUCCACACAGGGGAGACGCCCUACAUGUGCUCUGAGUGCGGGAAAAGCUUCAAUCAGAGCUCUCUCCUUAUCAGACAUCAGAGAAUCCACACAGGGGAGACGCCCUACUCGUGCUCUAACUGUGGGAAAAGGUUCAAUCAGAGCUCACACCUUAUCAGACAUCAGAAAAUCCACAUGAGAGAGAACUGUAAUAAAUCCCUUCACUAGGGCUGGGCAAAAUUUUAAAAAAAAUCACAUUUUCUAAUUCCCACAUUGUGAUUUUCGCACCAUCUUCACCAUAGUCUCUCAGCUCCCCCAGAUCAGUUACCUGCUUCUGCCUUUUGCAGCUCACCCUUCUUUGGGGUCAGUGUGAUCUUUUCUAUCAACUCCUUUCCUUUUGAGCCAGGAAUGUUCAUC